AUGAAAUUGGUUUGGCUCUGCACAAUUGGAAUGUUGCUGGCUGCUUCCCUAAAUGCACAGGAUUCUGACGAAGACGAUCAUGAAUUGGCCGCAAAAUCCAUGGAAACUGCAAGCGGAAUUCUCGAAGCGUUCAAGAUUAACGUCAAUUGGAGUUUAGUAAAUGAAUCAGCAAUUUCAUUACAGCCGGGAAUUGGACGAUAUUCGGAAAAGUCUGGACAACUCGUUGGUAGUAUCAUGACAUCGAUGCUGAAUAGUGAACAACAACAUAACGAAGCAAUUCAAUCGAUGUUUGAAUGGUGCGGUCUAUCAAUUCAUAUGCUUGAUGCGUAUAAGGAAUUAUUCAAGGAUGGCGUAGAUACAGAAAAAGCAGAGCGACAAAAAGUACUUCUACUCUAUGUUCUUGAUAGUGGUGUGGAAUUAUUUGGUAAGGCCUUGGAACACAUAAACUUGUGCAUCGGAGACUUUGAAAGCUUCACCGGAAAACUGUUACAAUUGGACAAUCAGUUGGAACUGGAUUACGCAGAAGGGAGCAAAACAUUAGAAGCGGAAGAAGACAGAGUCAGGAGGAAUCAAUGGACUUCAAUUAUCGUCCCACCGGUUGCACUUAAUCUUUCUAUCUAUGACGAAGUCAAAUCGAUUCCAGACUUAUCACGGAGCAUCGACGAUUUAAGAAAAUUCUUCCAAGGGCUACGUGUUCAUGGCACAAAUGCAGUUGAAUCGAUUAAAACCGCUAGAGAACAGCUUAAAAAGGGGCUCGUCAUUUUGGAAAAUCUACAAAGUCAAGCGAAGGUGACGAAGGUAUCUGUCGGUAUGAAGAUGGGCAUUCAAUCGUUAAUCGAGAAAAAUGCUGAUAAAGUAAUUGCUCAAUGCAGCGAAUAUAUAUGGUAA